AUGGCCUCCUCAGAUCUGGAACAGUUAUGCUCUCAUGUUAUUGAAAAGAUUGGCAAUCUUAAGAAAACUCUGUCAUUAAGAAACUGUGGUCAAAAAUAACCUACAUUGAAAACUAUAUUAAAUAAAAUUGGAGAUGAGAUCAGUGUAGUAAAUAAACUUCUAAAGAAAUUGGAAUUGAAAAUUCAGUAUCAAGAACACACCAACAGUUCACUCAAGGAACUCUGUGAGCCUCUCGAAGAAUAUCACAAAGAUGUGGAACAUCUCAAAGAAAACGUUGCUUCCCCUUUGCCUCGAACAGUCACCCAAAGCUCUGUUAAGGGAUCAGAUCUUGACCCUGAAGAACCAGUCAACAUUGAGGAAUCUGCACCCAUAAAGAAGCCCCCAAAAGAACAAAGAAGUAUUAAAGAAAUGCUGUUGAUAACUUGUGAUGAGUUUAAUGGUAUUCCUGCGUACAUGAAAUCCCAUUUAACCUGUUGUCAAAUUAAUAAUGUUAUUAAAGAAAUCAACAAGGCAGUAAUUAAUAAAUAUAAGAUCCUAUAUCAACCAAAAAAGUCUAUGAAUUCUGUGGCCAGAAAUCUCUAUCAUAGAUUUAUUGAUGAAGAAACAAAAGAUACCAAAGGUCAUUAUUUUAUAAUGGAAGCUGACAUAAAGGAGUUCGCGACUUUGAAAGUUGACAAGAAGUUUCACGCGUUACUGAAUAUCUUACGGCACUGUCAGAGGCUAUCUGACGUCGGAGGGGGAGCACUUACCCGUUAUGUUACAACCUGAGGCCCCUGUGAGCUUUUGAACAGACCAAUGAUAGGGUAUAGAGGCUAUUCCUACAGUUUUCUUAUAUAUAAUUUCUUUAGCUUUUUCACUUCCUAUUUUUGUUUCUUUUUUA